GCCGCAGAGAGCGCCGGCCCGGCCGCCCGUGGGGAUGCUGCGCUACAGCUCGGGGCUCACGGUCACCGCCACAACCCCCCGGAGGCCGCCCGGGGACGGCGGCCGCUCCCGGCGGAAGAUGAACGUGUGUAGGCUACGCUUAACGGUUCCACCGGAUGAAGUGACACAGCCUGAACAGGGAAGAACAGGACCAAAGGAAACUGAGAGAAAGAAAAGUGAGCUCUACCAUGUACCAAAUGGGAUGUCUCCAGGGAAGCUGUCUCAUGGGAUGGUGUAUGGUGUUGUGCACCGAACUGACAACAACCAUAAGAGAGAAAUGGUGGUUUAUGGCUGGUCAGCUGAUCAGCUGAAAGAGGAGAUGAAUUACAUUAAAGAAGUGAGAGCAACUCUGGAAAAAGUAAGAAAGAAAAUGUAUGGUGAAUAUGAUGAAAUGAAACGAAAAAUACAGCAGCUUACAAAUGAACUGAAAGUGACAAAUGCUCAUCAGGAAUCCUUAGAGAAUCAUGUGCGAGUGCAGGCUGCAGCCUUAGAUAGCUUUAGCGAAAUGAACAGCUCCUUGACAUCAGCAUCAAUAGACUUGCAGAAAACUCUAGUGGAUGUUACAUUGGAGAACACUGACAUAAGGGAACAAAUAAGGAAUUUAAAACACACACACGAGCAAUCUAUGGAAAAGCUGAGAGAAAAGCAAAAGCAACUGGAAACGGCACAAAUUGAAAAUCAGUUACUGAAGUUAAAGGUGGAAUCAGCACAGGAAGCCAAUGCUGAAGUCAUGAGAGAGAUGACCAGAAAGCUGUACAGUCAGUAUGAGGAAAAAAUGCGAGAAGAGGAACAGAAACACAAGGCUGAGAAAGAAAUGCUCCUGGAGGAAACAAAUCGCCUUCUGAAGGCUAUUGAAGAGGCAAAUAAGAAGAUGCAGAUUACAGAAACAAGCAUCCAGGAGAAAGACCAGAGAAUUGGUGAGCUGGACCGGCUGAUUGAACGCAUGGAAGAGGAACGCCACCAGCUGCAAAAACAACUUGAAUUAAAUGAACUACAAAUAUCUGGAGCAAAAUCUGAAAACAACUCCGACAGUGAAAGGUCGCAGCAUUUGGAGGAGGUAGCAGCCAGCCUGAGAGAGAGGAUCAAACAUCUGGAUGACAUGGUCCACUGCCAGCAGAAGAAAGUCAAGCAUAUGGUUGAGGAGAUUGAAAUGCUAAGGAAGAAAGUAAAAGAAAAGGAAUUAUUUAUAAUACAGCUUUUAGACAAAAUCUCUUUCUUAGAAUGUGAGAAUAAAGAAUUACAAGAUAAAGUGGACUACUUAAUGGAAAACCAACCAAAGACCAAUAUAGAAACCAGAGAUACUGGUGUAGAAUGUGAUCUUCCAUACAGGAAGUUCAUUGCUAGGCUUCCAGAUAAGGGUAAGAAGAUCUCUGAUUUUGCUGAAAAGCUGAAGCUUGCCAUUUUCCAAGAGGAAGAAGUAGCCAGGACAGCUGAGCUGUUAUCUGCUGUCAGGUUGGAGUUUCAGGCAAAACAGGAGGAAAUUAAUACAAGCAAACAGGAAGUUGUCCUAACUGAGGACACAGUGGACAGUUCAGAUUCCUCAGUCUUUCAUGAAAACUCUAAUAUUAAAGACAUUUCUGACAUUUCUGCUGAAAGGCAGGAGGCAGAAUGCAUUGAAGAAGAUGUCACAAACAAAGCUUCAGAAAAUCAAAGGACUCAGAGGAAAAAUAACAAAGUAAAGACUGUUACAAAGGAUCAGAAUAGUUUUUGUGACGUUGUCUCCAAGUCAGCCACAAGCAAUCACCUGAACAAUGAACAGCAAGUCUCCCAGAGCGAUACUGAGGAUGGUACAGAAAGUACAGUUGCUUUGGACAAUAGUAAAGAGGCCUUGGUUGAUGCCUUUCAAAGAGUUACAAUCGCAGAUGGGGAAAAUAGUGAAAAAAUACUGGAAAAAGAGCAGGAUGUGGCAGAACAUAAGGGCAACGUGUUUGGAAGCCGGCAUCCCAAGACACCACAUUAUAUUGAAGUUCUAGAGGCCAGAGCCAAGAAUCCAGUCAUAAAAAAACCCAAAUUUAAAACAAAUGUACUAUCAGGAGAGCAGAGUGGAUCAUCUCAUGGUUCCUCAUCCAGUCGAUCACCUGGGGGAUUUGGCUCUCCAGUUCCUCCAGAGGAGAGACGACUCAGAGAUAAGAAACACUUGGAUGACAUCACAGCAGCUCGGCUGCCACCACUUCACCACUCCCCUGCCAAGCUGUUAUCCAUAGAGGAAUCCAUAGCAAUUCAGAUACAGCAAAAAGAAGCUUAUGAGGAAAUGCAAGCCAAGCUGGCAGCACAGAAGCUGGCAGAGAGACUGAAUAUAAAAAUGCUCAGGUUUGAACCAGAGGGAGAGGCCUCAAUGCAAUACAGAGAAGUGAGAGAUGAAGAUUAUUUUUCAUCAGAAGACUGAAUACCUGAGAGGGUGUCUGUGCAUGAGCUGUGUAAUUGAUCUUUAUGCAGUACUUCUUAAAACCCAAACCUGAAUAUUGAAAAUGCCUCAUCUAGUCAAUUUCCUCUUAAAAUUUUCACAUGACCACUCCAGGAAGGGUUCAGUGUAGACAUCAUACAUAUACAUGUCACAAUUAUUUAUCAGUCUCCUUUGGGGGCUAUUUUUUGAGCACUUGGGGCAGUUAAUCCUUGUGGAAUGCCCCACAGUUCUCAGCUUUAGCAAAGUGAGCUCUCUAAUACAGUUUUGCAGGCUCUGAUGGGUCAGCUACAAGAGAAGGUUUCGUCUGUGCAGAAAUGUGAUUGCAAAGGGCUUUGGCAUGAAACAUGUCCUUAAAGUAAGCUGAGAUGGCUGUGAACUGCUCACAUGUAUGACAGUUCUUGUCUUGUAUAAAUGUGAGCUACUUUUACCUAUUUAAUAUUACCUUGCUUUUAUGGUAUGGUGAAAAUACCUGCCCAGAGAGUUACAAUAAAUACCUGAUCUUUACGCUGUAAGGUAGCUUCUAAUCACAUGAGAACCUGUUUCGGUGCCUGCACCUUAAAAUAACACUUGCUGCCCUUGUGUUGUAAAUAGGUAAGAAUUUAAAGUUACUUUGUAACUCAAAUUCCGUUUGGGCUUUAAGGGACUCUGCUGUUUGAUUUUUUGUUAUUAUGGCAAAGCACAUCAAGAGAUCAAGUUAAUCUGAAGACUACUAUUUUUAUUAAAGAUUUUUACGUUUUUCUGUAUUUUUGUAUACUGCUUUCAUACUUCGGAGGUACUAUUUUUCAUAGUCCAGUACUGUAAAUUAAGAGGUCCAUCCUCUGGUUUUCUUAGAGAAAGACAAAAUACAACCUUCCUUACAAGACCAUGAAUAAUAAUACGCAUUUUGAAAAACAAGACAUCUUACCUUUCUUUCACCUGACAAGUAACUAACAAUGGUAUUUUCUCUGUGGACUAGGAUUUUCUGAGCCUAAUUUGAGUUCAGUUCUUAAAAACAAACCUCAGAGAUUCCUUGUAUAGCCUGGUAUCACCUGUUUUCCAAGAUGUUGCCACAGCUGUGUGUGCAGGGCUGUCCCUGGCUAUGUACAUGUUCCUGCAGGAAUGAUAUCUUUGGAAACCAAGGCUGCUCCAGCUGCAAGUCAUUCAAAAAGCUGCAUGGGUUUAAAAUGUGGGAGGAAGGUCUCAGUCACUUCUUGAGUGCGGGCAGCACUUUCCUAGAAGGCAGUAACUCUCUCCCAAGUACUCCACAAGCCCUCCUGGGCACAGUCUGCACAGUCCUUACCCUGGCACUGCAGCUGACAGGUGGAACUGCUGCGAAGCUAAUUGUGAUAUUUUUUAACUAGGUCAUCUCUUGCUCUUUCCUGAACUCUUUCCUCUUGCAGCCUUCUUGUUCUCAUUGUUCAUUGGCUUCUCAUCAGCUGCUCUUCCCUUUUUCUCAUUAGGCUCAUCUGCUGUCACUAAACCCAAUCCAUAUUCUACAGCCCUGCACCAGCCAUUCCCUUUCCUCUGACGUGCUGCUGUGUGUGUCUGUGUUUAACUCCUGCCAUGUGUCAUGCAUCCUCCUGCCUCUGCUAUCGUACCUUGCUUUCUGGAACUCCAUCUAAAUACCAGCUGUGCACCUGGCACCUCCUGUGUGCUUCACUCCCUUGAAUACCUCACAGAGACCUCAACGUCUUUGUGGUUUUGCCAUGACUGCUCUCCUGAGGCUUUCCUUAUUUCCUGUUUUGGUUUCAGACUCAGCAGGUGUUUGUCAUUUCCAGGCCUUCUCACCCUUCUAUCUUCUUUUCAUACUUGGGGGUUUUUUUUUCCCUCCUCUCUUGUUUAUGCUCCUUCUUCAUCCUCCCAGCUUCUCACCAUCACUUGCCUUUGUCAGCACAAUUCUUUGGCUUGUUUUCAGCCAUUCACAUUCAUCCCUCAUCAUCCCUGUUGAUGACCCAGUGGAUCCCAGUUGUAUCUAUUUCUAUUCAGCACAUGGUUCUGACUCACUGGCCAGAGGAGUGAUCUCCUCUUGUGGAUGCAGAUCAUCUCUCAGAUCAAGGCUUUCCAUGCUGCCAGGUGCAUCUUGUCAUCAGCCCUCCCAUUACUGCAGUCUGUACUGCUCAAGGACAAGCAGCCUCCUAACUCUAUGGACUUUCCCUUUGCUGUUUCAUGAGACAUAAAUUACCACUUUCAGGCUGUUUGCAUCUCUUCCCCUGGUUAGCAUCCUUGCCCUUAUCCUGUACUGACUGGGCUGUCACACCUCUAAGAUGCUGUGUGUGUUUUCUCUGUGCUGGCUUUUCUGUGCCAAAGGAACUCACACAAAGCUGCACAGUCAAGGACUUGUUUUCUAGAGUACUGAAAUUCACCUCUACCUAGGCUUCUGCUGACCACACGCUUCUCGCUAAACCAACUCUUUUCCUUGUGCUAUUAACACAUACUUUUGCUCUCUAAACUUUGUAAAGCAGAGGCAGUUUUCUUGAUCUUUAUUUUGAUAGCAUUCAACAUGUUGGGCCUUUGUCAAAAUGAUCCCUGAAUGGGCAAACUUCACCCUUAAGGGGAGGUAGGGUGGGGUGGAAAUCACUGCGGUAACAGGUGAAGUGCAUUAUGUAUUUGUUAAACAACUAGCAGCUGUUCAGUGCAGUUUUGGGGAGUUCUUGUGGAGGAGAUUAGUGUGUGAAUACAAAGCCAAGCUAAAGGUAUGAGUUUUAAGUUAUUAUUUAAAAGUUUGUAACACCUAAAAGCUUUCCUGGGGGCUGCUGCUUCCGAGCAAAGGUAUGCACUUUGAUUUAAGGUUCUGUGAAUGAUAAAAAAGCAAAGUCAGUUUUAAAAAGUGUCCUAUGUUAAGGAGGAUAUGCAGUCUUGUAGUCUGUGAAAGGUUAUAGUACAAGAGGAUCAUGAAAGGAUUUGUUAGAUAAAUCAUGAAAUGGUUUAGUCACAUUGAAAAAAGUUCCUGAUUGAGUAUGGCAUUGCUGUUGUGUAUUUCAUUGUUUCUCAGUUCCAGAUCAUUUCAAAAUGUAUAUUGAGAGCUGAAGAACUUGUUCUCUGUUUUGAGAAUGGACUGUUAUAUUGGAAUGCGCUGCUAACACAGUAAAAAUAAAGAAUAGAUAAUUAGUUUUGAA